AUGGCGUCAAACGCAAGUCAAGGGGCAUUGGCGCCGCUGGCAAGGAUCGCUCAACUUGAAGAGCGAAAUGUGCAUUUGAACAAAGAGAUCGCAGACCUCCAAACUGUACUGUUGAGAGAGAUGUCAAGACAGGGGGUGGCCAUCCCCUUGACUCCCAUAGAAUGUGAUGAACCAAGUGGAACACUUCAGGAUCUGAAGCUUAGACAUGAGCUCACGCACGGGGGCGACAUUGUCGACGAUAUAGAAGCAAUUCGAUAUGCUGAGGCCAGGGGCCUGGAAGCCGUAUCGGAGUUCAAGGACAACUUCGCCAAAGCCUACAACAUCUCGUUCGACGCAGCCGUGGAGGCUGUGAGGUCAAGCCCGAUCGAGCUCCUGACAACCUUUAACGCUCUAGCAUCAGUUCGUGUGUAUCCCCGUUGGCAGGAAGACGACGCCAGGACAUACAGGGCUGCUAUCGAACAUAUGGCGACUCAUAUUAUCGAAGCUGCCAUGCUCGUCGAGGAGAAAUACCGCGCAGGACUUUUUGGGAGGGACGGAAUCCUAGGAAAGCAGUAUGAUUGUAUGCAGCAGUUGUACUUGCAGAGAAUCCUCGGUAUUCGGGAAUGA